AUGUUCAAGAAACCAGUGAAGCAAGCUUCUUCAAAUCCUCUGGGAGGAAAGGAAACAAAGAAGCUCCGCGGAGAUAUCUUGAAGAAGUUUGAUAUCAGUGAGGGCGUGCUGGAUUCUUUUUUCAGUGCAAAGGACAAGCUAAACAUCGUCAAGCUCUCAGAGCCACACCCUCAAGCUUUGGCACCUGUAAGCAAGUUCGUGGUGAACGGAGCAGACCUGAUGUUGCCGGGAGUGGCAGUGGGCGUGGAGGGCUGUGUUGUGCGAACUCCAGAAGACUUGCCCGACUUCGACAAGGGAGACUUGAUGUUGAUCUACUGUGUGGGCAACCCAAUGCCGUUCGCCAUUGGAGACAUGCUGAUGAGCAAGAAGGACGCAAUCUCAUCAGGCAUGAAGGGGAAAUGCAUGCGGGUACUUCACACCUACAGAGAUUCGCUGUGGGAAAGUGGAAGCUCCCUUGCUCCACCCGGAUUCUUGAGUGCUCCUGCGGAUUCGGGAGCAUGGGUGGAACCGGUCGAAGGAGGAGGCGAUCCAAGUUCAGCUGCCGGUCUUACGCAGGGGGAGGAGAAAAAGGAAGACAAGAACGACAAGGCGGAGAAGAAGCAGGAAGAAGCUGCCAUGGAGAAGAAGAUGGAGACCCUGGCAGUAGACUCACCUGCGAAUGAGAAGUCGAAAGGAAAUGCUUGGGGCUCGCUUUCUCCAGACGACAUGGCAUACGCAAUGCUUCUUUGCGCGAUCAAGACCAGAAUCCAGCCUUCCGACCUGCCUUGCGAGACAUCGAAAUUCCUUGCAAACUUCAUGCAGCCUGUGCUGCCGGAAGGCAUGAAGUUAGACUUCAAACAGACUUCUUACAAGCAGCUGGGAAAGUUUCUCACCGCAAUGGAGAAGAAGAAGAUUCUCAAGUGCAAGAAAGUCUUCGGGCAAGAAUGCGUCAGUGAGGUCAACAAAGAGCAUAAGGAUGUGGUUGCGUACGAACCCGUGGAGGAGAGUGGGGGGGGAGGAGGAGCCGAUGCAAGGUCUUCCUCCAAGUCAAGUAAGCCAAGCAUAAUUGAGGGAUUCAAGCCCAACAACAACCUCGUUCCUAUCCUGGGAGGAACGAAAGACACUUUCUACACUGAGGAGCAGGUUGUUGAUAGAAUCAAGGCUUAUGGUGACGCAAACAAGUUGCUGGAGGACGGAAAGAUCAAGGUGGAUGAGUGUAUGAUAUCAAACUUGUAUGUGAAGUUCAAGGAAGAGGAACGUCCAGCCUUGGGAUCAUUCAUCACGAUUGAGAAAUGUCUAGACCAUAUGAAACAGCAGAUGACGGAUUGGCACUCUGUAGAGAUUGAUGGGCAGCAGCAUAUCAAGAAGGGCAAACCGCAGAAAGUGAAGACAGUGUCCAUCACCGUGGAAGAUCGUCAGGGAGGACGGAAAGCUGCAACCAUUAUUCGGAAUCUGGAAAGCAUGUCUAUAGAUCCAGACGCGUUCGCAAAGCUUGUUCAGAAGAAAUUCAGCACGAGCGCUAGUGUGGCUCCGCUCCCUGGCAAGAACGAGACUAGGGUUGAGACUCACACUUUAUCUCGACAGGUCAACCUGCAAGGGAACCUUCUCCACGACAUGGAAGAGUUCUUGCAGAAGGAAUACAAGGUGACCCAGGACUUCAUCAUUCUCACGGACAAAACAAAGAAGUAG